AACCCUGGAUAUAUCAAUUGGCAACUCGCCCAUUUAGUUCGGGUCGCGAGCGGCUCGAUAAUUUUUGCGCACUAUGCCACCAGAUCGUGCUGCACUCCGCCAUGCACCCGAUACCGCCCUCGCGAAAUCUUUCACAUGAGCCUGGUCUGGCCCGAAAUGGUGCAGUAAGGAGAAUAGAGUCGGGUUUUUGUUGAGUUGUUGUGCGCCUCGUGGUAGGAGGAGGCAUUAGCUAUGGAGACUUCGGAGCGGGACCAGGACGGGCGCCCCGACCGGGAGCUCUACGCCCUGCUGCAUUUGUCGCCCGAAGCCUCGGACGAUGACGUGAAGCGGGCGUACCGGCAGUGGGUGCAGGUUUAUCACCCUGACAAGCAUCAGACGCCGCAGAUGCAAGAUAUUGCUACUCAAAAUUUCCGGAAGAUUCGUGAGGCAUACGAGAUUUUGAGCGAUGAACGAAAGCGGCAAAUUUACGAUUUGUAUGGAAUGGAGGGUUUAACUUCAGGUUUAGAGUUGGGUCCGAAGUUGAAAACAAGAGAGGAGGUUAGGGCUGAGUUCGAACGCCUACAACAGCGUCAGGAGGAGAGGAAGCUGGCAGCUCAUGUGCAUCACAGAGGAUCCAUGGCCAUGAACUUGUCACUAGUUCAGUUCCUCAAAACUUAUGAUGCUCCAAGAAUCACCGGAAUGGCAAUGACCACGCAAGUGCAAGCACAGUUAUCGAAGAGGGACACUCUUGUGCUAGGUGGUAAUAUGGCUUUGAGGAAAGGACUAGGUGGGGGCUCCGUGACGAUGGUUUUGAGUCGUCAGCUUUCACCAAUCUCAUCUGUAGAAGUUUUGGCUAUGAUUGGGCUCCGCUCAGUUUUAAGCGUUCAUACUUCAAGACAACUUUCGGCCCAUUCUACGGGAACUUUAGGAUUGUCGUUCUCCUUCAGAGACGGUUCACUCACGUUAUCAAACACUUGGUCUCGUCAAUUGUCAGAGGACACCACUGGCAAUAUACAACUAGUUAUUGGAGCGGACACUGGAGUUUCAAUUGGUUGGCAAAAGCAUGGCAAGAAGAACAGUGGUUCAGCUGACGUGAAGAUAGGGCCUACCACCUUUGGAGUAUCUGGGCAAUACAUACGGCAAUUCUCAUCCAAGUCCCAAGGUCGAGUCACUGGCAAACUUGGAAGCACCGGAGUAGAGAUUGAGUUGGGUGGAGAGAGGAAACUUUCAGAACACAGUUCAGCUGCCAUGUUCUGCGUGCUUGGGUUACAGGGUGUAUCUUGGAAAAUUCGAUUCACUCGAGGAGGCCAGAAGUUCAUUAUUCCUAUAACGCUCUGCACAACAUUGAAUCCAUUUAUAGCUACUGGAGCUUUAAUUAUACCAUCAUCUAUCUAUGCUAUUCUUAAGACUUUUAUAUUUAAACCGUACAACCUCCGGAGGAAUAGACGGAAGAGCCUGGAACUACGACGCACAACCUAUGCACAGGUUAUGGAGGCAAGGGCAUCCUCAGAAAAGGCACAGUUGUUAUUAAAGAAUGUUGCAGAAAGGAAGAAACAGAAACAAGCAAAACGGCAAGGGUUGGUCAUUUUGUCAGCUACAUAUGGCGAUAUUAAGGCAUAUGAACGUGGAUUAAAACGUGUGGACGAAGAUGCGAGUAAUGAAGAUGAUGAUGCGGAUCUUCCUCCUCCAUAUUUAGAUGUUACAAUACCUAUACAAUUCUUAGUCGAUGAUUUUGGGCAGCUUCGGCUGCAUGACGGAGUAAAAAAGGCUGGUCUUAUGGGCUUUUGUGACCCAUGCCCAGGUGAAGCGAAACAGUUGAAGGUGGCAUAUAGCUAUUUAGGUCACCAAUAUGAGGUUGUGGUUGGAGACUAUGAUGAGAUGCGGAUACCACAAGAAACACAUAGGCUACAACGUUCUGUUUCGGAGAACCUUGAUCAAGUGGAUUAACUAUGCUUCACUUUUUCCUUGUCAUUUGUCAUGUUUCAAUGAGUUGGGUAAUGCAGCGUACAAAUUCCAUUGUGGUUGAACUACAUCAUUUAUUCUCGAGAAGGAAGCUCCAUCUUUGUCACGGAUAUGGGUAGCCUUCUUGAAGGUGAAUAACCAAUCAUCUACGCAACAAGCAUACAGUUUUGUAAUGUAUCUUGUGAUAUUAAGAUUGGCUGUCCAUCAUACAAGCAAGAGCUGUAUGUUCUGUUGUGGGAAUUCCCUUGAUUACUUGGGUAGAAUUUUCGGUUUCUCUGGGAUCUCACCCUUAGAUAUGAGUUUUGUAGGCAGUCAGCUACAGCUUGUCGUCCAUAGCUCAAGUUGUGUCCUGAAUUGACUGUAAGUUAUGAUGUUCCCGUUUAUAUCGGAACAUGGAAAGAAGUUGCACACCCGCUACUCUAUGUCAUGUUUCCUUUGUUGCAGAUAGCACCGGCAGAAACCAUUCUCCCAACCAAUGAAUCUUUGUGACCAAUAUACUCUUUGUUUUUAAUUUUAAUUUUUAUUUUUAUUUUUAUUUUCGUUU